AUGACGAACGGUCCCCCGGAGUGGGUGGAGGAGGUCAAGGCCGCGUUCAGGAAGAGCACGGGGGGGAAGGAGUGGCGCAGCGUGCGGAGCAGCCGGGACCUCGUCGUGAGCGCGGAGCAAAAGUACGUGAAGCAGGCGGUGGACAUGCUCAUCGGGCAGCGCGCGCAGGUGUUCAUCGGGAACGGGUUUUCCAGCCUGUCAGGGAUCGUGACGAUGUUCCGCAUGGCGAACAAGAUCCCGGCGCAGCAAAAUCGCCUACUGUAG